AUGGUAUGGAGCACAUAUGCUCAAACCCAUGUCGUAGCAGCACAGUAUUUCCGAAACCCCGACAACCUUGAUUUGUAUCUGAACAGAUCCAACUUCCUGGCCGACAUAAACAACGAACGACCACACCGCAACGACUCCUAUGCCACACAUCUAAAGGACUGGCUGGGACUCCAGAGUCUGGGGUCAAAAGGCAAAAUUGACUACCUUGAAAUCGACGGGGUCCAUAUGCAGAUUCCCGAGUCUCAGCUGCGAGCAGUGGCUCGCGCUUAUCUGGGUACUAUUGAUUACCCUUAUUUAUUCCAGCAUCAGGGCUCCUCUCACUGA